AUGGAAUCUACAAUGAAGUGUAUGUGCCUUCUAGCGUUUGUUGUGAUUCUGGGCAUCAAUCAAUUCGAUGGGGCUUACGGGGCUGGCGAGUGUGGAAAAUCUAGCCCCGACAAAGAGGCCUGGAAGCUGGCUCCUUGUUUAGGAGCAGCACAAGAUGCAAAUGCUGCAGUUUCUGAUAAGUGCUGCAGUCAGGUAAAAAGGAUAGGCCAGAACCCAAGCUGCCUCUGUGCUGUGAUGCUUUCUAAUACUGCUAAGAGUGCAGGAAUCAAACCAGAAAUAGCUCUUACCAUUCCGAAACGAUGUAACAUUGUGGAUCGUCCUGUGGGUUUCAAGUGUGGAGAUCAUGAAGUCACUUAUGGUGCCAGCUACAAGGACUGUCAAGGAGUGCUGGAGAUUGUAUCUCUGUAA